AUCUCUCUCCCCGAAGAACAAAGGAAAAAGUGUUAGAAAAAAGAGAGAAUUUUUUUUUCCUCUAUAGAAAACUAGGGCCUACAUUUACCUAUGUUUAGUGCAAACAUAAGAUAGAGAACAAGAAGAGAUAGUAUAAUAUCCUGUAAUUAGAUGAUAAUGACAAAAUUGAGCUUAAAAAUCAACUAAUAUCCGUGAAUGUAGGAUUAAGUUGAUUAUUAAGCUCAACACUUCAACACUCAACAACACCAUCUAACUUCAGUUCAUCAUCAUGUUGAAGUUCAAUUCAUGGCGCCACAAAACCCUAAUCUAUUAUCACAACCCCUUAGCAUUUUCACAAUCCCCAAACCCUAACCCUCUUUUCCACCAUUACCCAUCACUAUUUUCCCUGCAUUUCUGCACCAAUACUUCCGAUUCAACUUCUUUUGCAGUUUCCUACCUCAUCAACAAUAUUGGGUUGUCCCCAAAAUCUGCUCCCAAACUUUGCAAAACUUACAAUGUCCGUUUCAAGACUGCCCAAAACCCUGAUUUAGUUCUUAAUUUCUUUAGAAACCAUGGUUUCUCAGACACACAAUUACGUAAUAUCAUUGCAAAAUCACCAUGGCUACUUUCCUGCAACCCCUCCAAAAGGGUAUUGCCAAAGUUUCAAUUUUUACUCUCCAAAGGUGCUUCUAACUCUGACAUUAUUAACCUUGUCAGUAAGAACCCUACGGUCCUGUCUCCAAGUUUGGAGAAUCAUAUAAUCCCAACCUAUGAAUUGCUUUAUAGAUUUUUGCAAUCAGACAAGGACAUUAUUGCUGCUGCAGUUCAAAAUCCAGCUUUACUUAUUCACCAUUUUGUGUCACAUAACAUUGGAGUGAUGAUUGAGAAUGGAGUGACAGAUUCAAACAUUACAAGAGUUCUUCGGAUACAGAACAUCGCGGUAUGCAGAAGUGGCAUUUUGAAUGUGGUGGAGGAAUUGAAGGAUUUGGGGUUUAAUCCUUCACAAACAAUUUUUUAUGUGGCACUGAUUGCCAAAAGAACUGUAACCAAAACCCGGUGGGAAGAGAAAGUUGAUGCCUUUAAGAAAUGGGGUUGGUCUGAUGAAGAUGUAAAAGAAGCAUUUAGAAAGCAUCCUCACUGUAUGUUAUUAUCCAUUGAUAAAAUUAAUUCAGUGAUGAGCUUUUGGGUCAAUCAGUUAGGUUGGGAUGCUAUGGCCAUUGCCAAAACGCCAAGGGUUUUCGGGUCCAGUCUGGAAAAAAGGAUCAUACCAAGAGCCUCGGUUGUGCAAUAUCUUUUGAAGAAAGGUUUGCAAAAAAAGGAAGCAAGUUUAACUUCUCCAUUUAUAGUCACUGCUAAGUCGUUCCUUGAAAGAUAUAUAAACCGUUAUAAGGAAGAGUCAUCUUAUCUAUUAAAGCUUUAUGAAGAAAAACUGGAUCUUGCACACGCCAGGGACGAAACUGAUACAAUGUCAUGAACAACUUUUCAGGUUGAUGUAAAUGGUUGGUUGCCUGAAGUAAAAACUUCCUAAAUUUUCCACAGUGCAUCCGGGGCUUUCACAAAGAUCAUGUCGUGGCUGGAGCUAUGAUGUGGCCAACUAGAGGAAGUGCAUUCUUGAUCGAACCGCACAGCAGGCUUGCCAAGCACUAAAGGGUUCUAAUUUCUAACUAACCAACCCUCUCAGAUAUUCUCUAUGUUUUUUUCCCUCUGGUCUAACUUGAUGGUAAGUGAUUAUUUUCUGGGACUUAAUUGAUACAUUGUCUCCAAAUAUGACAUUUGAUUUUUAUGGAUUCAUUUUGCUUAUUGUUGAAUCUUUGUUUUUGACACUCUCUCAAACUUAUACGCAUGACUACUUUCGCAUUUAAGUUC